AUGCAUGAAGAUAAAAUGCAACAAUUUACUUGGAUGUUUAUCGAUGCUCUCGUGGAGUUAUACGAAUGGAAAAUCAAAUGUCCAGCAGUGUGGCCAGUAAUGAUGGGAGCUUCUGUAGAUGGCACUCAGAAACCUACGAACGAGCCAAGAGAUGAUAAUGUACGACGCAACAGGAAGAAUUUUUGCUACAAGUACAACAUCGCCGGUUUGAAUUAUCAAGUAGCUCUUGCUACUUGGACAAACCGAGUUCUUUACUCUCGAGCAGAUCCUGGAAGCACCCAUGACAUUACUGCCAUGCGAAAGGAAUUUAUUGGAAUGAUUCCUGCCGGUUGCCGUGUUAUUGCCGAUUCUGGAUAUACAGGCAAAAGCGAUCAUGAGAAGGAAGUCUUUGCAGUCAAAAAUUGUCUUGACGAUGAUGAAGUUGCCAAAUUCAAAGCUAUUGUAAGAGCCCGGCAAGAGUGUUUCAACUCGCGUAUCACUUCGUACAAGUGUUUUAAACAGAAGUUUACCCAUGGAAUUGAUAAGCAUCCAAAGUGUUUCAAAGCUGUCGUGGUGCAGCUACAAUACGCAAUCGAAGAUACCUCAGACGCCGGUGAGCCACUCGAUACAGUCUAG